AUGCAGUCCUCAUAUCUCCUCACUCUUUUGCUUUUCGCUGUCAAUGCAUUCGCUGUCUCUCUACCAAUUCGCAUUGUUUCCUGGAAUGUUCGCUUUGAUGCUGAUGCUUCGACGCGCCAGGACGGAGAAAAACCAUGGUCGACCAUCCUAUGUGGUAUUUGGUCUGAACGCUGCAGAAAACCACAUGUGAUAGAGUUACUCAAAAACGAAGCCGCCAAUACAGCCUCUCCUACUAUCAUCGGUCUCCAAGAAGUGCUCGACAACCAACUGGAGGAUAUCAAAGGUGGCUUGGGGAGCACGUGGCAGCAUAUCGGUUUCGGACGUGAUGAUGGGAAGAAGGCUGGAGAAUACAGCCCCAUCCUUUACAACACCGACGCUCUCACUUUGGUAUUCAGCGAAAUGAAAUGGCUCUCUCCCACCCCCGAUGAGGUUUCCUUUGGAUGGGGCGCGGGAAGUCGACGAGUUGUCACCAUUGGUGUUUUUGAGCACAAGGCCACUGGAAAACGCUUCAUACAUGCCAACACCCACCUCGACAAUGUCAGUUCCGAGGCUCGUAGCGAGGGCAUCAAGGUCGUGGCCUCUCGAAUCAAGGCCGUCCGAGAACAGUUCGGUCCUCUGGGUGCGACCCUCACUGGCGAUUUCAAUUCCGAACCCAAUCAAGAUGCCUACCAAACGUUGGAGGACAUGGAUUUUCUCACCGAGGUCUCGAAAUCCGAGGCCGUUAAAAUUCGAAAUCUCGAUUUGACGUACACUGGCUUCGAAUCUGAAGCGGGUUUCUCGCGCAUCGACUUUGUCUGGUUUGGUCCGACGGAACAGCAUUUUUACGCGGCCCAGUCUUGGGAAGUUGUUAACAAUGUUGUGGAUGGGGUGUUUAUUAGUGACCAUAGGCUUGUGGUUGCGGAUUUGACGGCGCUUUGA